UGCCCAUUGAAGACGUCUGUCUAAAUUUCAGCUAGAGUAAGUCCGGGUCCGGGUCCGACGCUUGUACACUUUGAUCAGGUUCACUUCCAGUUUCCUACUGAGAGAGAGAGAGAGAGAGAGGCUAUUCCUAACGAUUUUAAUGGAAAAGCUUCAUUUCUUUAAGGUUCUUUUCCCUCUCUUUUGUCUGCUUCUCUCACCAGCUUAUACUCUUCCAAAUUACUACUUCAUCAAUUGUGGGUCAAAGUCCAACAUAACUGUCGGCGAUCGGAGCUUCCUCGGUGACCUGAAUUCUGGGUCUUUCUCAGUUGGACCAAGCUCUAUUAUCGUUGCCACUGAAUCAUCACUAGAUACGUCUCUUUAUCAAACUGCAAGAAUAUUCACAAACCGAUCUUCAUUUGAGUUUGAUAUCAUCGAUAUUGGCAUUCAUUAUGUACGCAUCCAUUUCUUUCCGUUUGUGUCCGGGAGGGUUAAUCUGGCUGGUGCCCGAUUCGAUGUUUCAGCUUCUAAUUUUUCACUGUUGUCAAAUUUUGGUGUUAAAAGCAUUAGUAAAGCGCCUGUGAUUAAGGAAUACUUGCUCACCAUCAAUGGAAGCAAGUUCAACAUCCACUUUAAUCCUCGGAGAAAAUCUUUUGCUUUCGUAAGUGCCAUUGAAGUCUUUCUUCUUCCAGAUCAGGAAUUCGUCGGGGAUGAUCUUCAUCGAGGUAAUCCCGAGAAAAAUGAUAUGUACCAUGGUGUCCGUUCUCAGGUUCUACAUACGAUUCACAGGGUCAAUGUUGGAGGUCAAGAGACUAAUGACACACUGUGGAGGAAUUGGAUAACAGAUGAAGCUUAUUUACUCUCUACAGGGUUUGCAAAAACCUGUGUUCCUUAUGAAGAUACGCUUUUAUAUAAUAUUAAUGGAGCAAAUAAUUAUAGUGCCCCAGAUCUCGUCUACAAGACCUGCAGAGAAUUGAAUUUGGAUUACAACGGGGGAUUAUCAAAUUCUCCUAACAUAACUUGGCGUUUUGAAGUGAGUAGGAGUGCCACACAUCUGGUUAGGCUGCACUUUUGCGAUAUUGUCAGCAAUAAUUCUGAUGAAAUCUACUUCAAUCUCUACUUUGACGGAAAGAUCAGCGAAAUGAUAGAUACGCUUAACAUAAGUGACAUGAGGGCAGCUCCAUUGUAUUACGAUUUGGUGGUUAAUUCAGAUGAUUCGGGAUCUAUGAAUAUAAGUGUAGGGCCUAAUCAGGAUUCAAUAUAUAGAACAGCCUACCUGAAUGGGGUGGAGAUAAUGGAGUUUAUGAAGGAAGCAAGUUUGGUACCUUCUGGCAGUAAGGAAAAGAAAACCCUUCAUGUUAUAGUUGGUACCGUUUGUGGUCUGGCGUUUGUCUUCGUUUUGGUAGUACUGCUAUUCUUGAUGUGUUUAAAAUGCAAUAAAGCAAAUCAUGGUGAUGAAGUGGGCUUAUUGCCAUUUUUUCGUGGAAAAGGAAGUUCUGGUAAGGGAACAUCAAGUGCCUCCCCUGUUCGUAAUUUGAACUUAAAGUUGAAGAUGCCUCUUCUUGAGAUACUAGAUGCCACUCAUAACUUUGACACCAAAUUAUUGAUAGGUGAGGGUGGGUUUGGGAAAGUUUAUAGAGGGUAUCUUCGGAGUGGCAUGACUGUGGCAGUCAAACGAAGUGAUCCAAAACAUGGCCAGGGACUUCCAGAAUUCGAAACAGAAGUAUUGGUCUUGUCAAAAAUUCGUCAUCGUCAUCUUGUUUCUUUGUACGGAUAUUGCGAAGAAAAGUCAGAGAUGAUAUUGGUGUAUGAAUUCAUGGAAAAUGGGAGUCUGAGAGAUCAUAUCUAUCAUUCAAAUGACAACUCUGACUCAGAGGGACCAUCUAAGAGAUCUAAGUUGUCUUGGAAGCAACGGCUUGAAAUUUGUAUUGGCUCAGCUAAGGGCCUUCAUUACCUUCACUCAUUUUCAAAUGGGGGAAUCAUUCACCGUGAUGUUAAGUCAGCAAACAUCUUGCUGAAUAAACAUUACGUGGCUAAAGUUGCUGAUUUUGGUCUUUCAAGAUCAGGUCUUCUCAAUCCAGACCAUGUCAGUGUUGGCAUAAAAGGUAGCUUUGGCUAUAUGGAUCCCGAAUAUUUUAGAUCUCUUCAAUUCACAGACAAAUCUGAUGUCUACUCCUUUGGUGUGGUACUUCUUGAAGUUCUUUGUGCUAGACCAGCUAUCAUUAACUCACCCAACAGGGAGGAGGUGAACCUAGCUGAAUGGGGGGUGUUUUGGCAAAACAAAGGACAACUUGAAAAGAUUAUUGAUCCCUCUUUAGUCGGAGAAAUUAACCCUAAUUCAUUGAGAAAGUUUGGCGAAACAGCUGAGAAGUGUUUGAAGGGUGAUGGAGCUAGCAGGCCUACUAUGCUUGAUGUGCUGUGGGACUUGGAAUAUGCACUGCAGCUUCAUCAAACUGCGGUGCAUAGAGAGCCGCAUGAGGACACUGGAACAAAUGUUCUUUUGGAGUUACCUUUGCCUACUAUUCAGCAUUUGCCUUCUAAAAGCAUCCCAGAUUGGGGAGAUGAUAAUGUGUCCAUGGGAAGCAAAGGGGUCAAGGGUUUGGAUACAACAGAUGGUGGAGUGUUCUCUCAGCUUAGGAUUGAUGGUGCCAGAUAACCUCAUCAACUGCUUUGGAAUGUUUUCCUGUCAUUUUGAUUUCCAUUCUUCCUUAUAUCUACGAAGCUUCAAGUGUAUUUUGAAGUGUUGCCUUGUUUACCGUUAGUGUGGAGUGGCGUGUUGUUAUAGCUAUUUUGAAGUGUUAUGCUAAUAAGGUUAACAGACUCAAUUCAUUGGCUUCCAAAGUUAGGUAUCAAUCCUUGCUGCAUAAAUAUUUACAAAAUGCUGACAUAAUUAUUUACUUGUAUGGGAUAUGUAUCCUAUUCAACCGGUUUAGUUAGAAUUG